UUGCCGCCAACCAUCCGAAAACAAAUAAAUAAAGAUGCAAGCUUUUUGGAAUAUUUCAUGUACUUUUUGGGUCUUUUUCUUUUGGAUUUCCUCGAAUACGACGCCAAAGCAAGCGGUCGGAUCGGAGCAGCAGAUCCCGCUGUCUAUGGUGAAGCUCUGGGCCUCGGCGUUCGGAGGGGAGAUCAAAUCCAUAGCAGCUAAGUACUCGGGCUCCCAGCUCCUGCAGAAGAGCGUCUUCACGAAAUACAAAGAAUUUGAGAAGGAGGUUUCCAUAGAAGAAAUCGACGGACUUCAUCUCGUCAAAAAACUCGCCAAGGACAUGGAAGAAAUGUUCCACAAAAAGGCCGAAGCGGUCCGGAGACUCGUCGAAGCUGCCGAAGAAGCCCACCUGAAACAUGAAUUUGAUGCCAACCUGCAGUAUGAAUACUUCAACGCCGUUCUAAUCAAUGAAAGAGAUGAAGAUGGGAAUUACGUCGACCUCGGAAAAGAGUUUUUAUUGUUACCCAAUGACCAUUUUAAUAACCUGCCUGUUAAUAUCACUUUGAGUGACGUCCAAGUGCCAACGAACGUCUACAACAAAGAUCCGGAAAUAGUAAACGGGAUUUAUUGGUCUGAAUCAUUAAAUAAGGUGUUUGUCGACAACUUUGACCGGGACCCUUCUCUGAUUUGGCAAUAUUUUGGAAGCGCAAAGGGGUUUUUUCGACAGUAUCCAGGAAUUAAAUGGGAGCCGGAUGAGAACGGGGUCAUCGCGUUUGACUGCAGGAACCGUAAAUGGUACAUUCAGGCAGCCACUUCUCCAAAAGACGUGGUUAUUCUGGUUGACGUCAGCGGCAGCAUGAAAGGACUGCGCCUGACAAUCGCCAAGCAAACGGUGUCGUCUAUUUUAGACACGCUGGGGGAUGAUGACUUCUUCAACAUAAUUGCUUAUAACGAGGAGCUGCAGUACGUAGAGCCGUGCCUGAACCGGACGCUGGUACAAGCCGACAGAAACAACAAGGAGCAUUUCAGGGAGCACUUGGACAAGCUGUCCGCAAAGGGGAUCGGGAUGCUGGACAUGGCGUUGAGCGAGGCUUUCGACCUACUCAGCGAGUUUAAUCAUACAGGGGAGGGAAGCAUUUGCAGCCAGGCUAUAAUGCUCAUCGCAGAUGGCGCUGUCGAUACAUACGACACCAUAUUCGCCAAAUACAACUGGCCGGAUCGAAAGGUCCGGAUUUUCACCUAUUUGAUAGGAAGAGAAGCGGCGUUCGCCGAUAACCUGAAGUGGAUGGCGUGCGCUAACAAAGGUUUCUUUACCCAGAUAUCCACCUUGGCGGACGUGCAGGAGAACGUCAUGGCUUACCUUCACGUCUUGAGUCGGCCAAAAGUUAUUGAUCAGGAACAUGACAUCAUAUGGACGGAGGCUUACGUCGACAGCACACUCCCUCAGGCUCAAAAGCUGGCGGACGAUCAGGGCUUAGUUUUGAUGACGACGGUUGCGAUGCCGGUAUUCAGUAAACAUAAUGAAACUAGAUCAAAGGGGGUUCUGCUAGGUGUCGUUGGCACAGAUGUUCCCGUGAAAGAACUUUUAAAGGCAAUUCCAAAAUAUAAGCUGGGAAUUCACGGUUACGCAUUUGCAAUCACAAACAAUGGUUAUAUUUUAACGCACCCGGAACUCAGGCCUUUGUAUGAAGAGGGGAAAAAGAGAAGAAAACCCAAUUACAGCAGCGUCGACUUAUCUGAGGUUGAAUGGGAAGAUCGAGACGACGUGCUGCGAAACGCGAUGGUCAACAGAAAAACUGGAAAAUUCUCGAUGGAAGUCAAAAAGACGGUUGACAAAGGGAAACGCGUUCUCGUGAUGACAAACGAUUAUUAUUACACCGACAUCAAGGGGACGCCUUUCAGUUUGGGAGUAGUUCUCUCCAGAGGCCACGGAAAAUACUUCUUCAAAGGGAAUGUAACCAUCGAGGACGGUUUGCACGAUUUGGAUCACCCGGAGGUUUCGUUGGCCGACGAGUGGUCGUACUGUAACACUGAUUUGCAUCCGGGGCACCGUCACUUAUCUCAGUUAGAAGCUAUAAAAAUCUACCUCACAGGAAAAGAGCCAUUACUUCAGUGUGACAAGGAGUUAAUACAGGAAGUGCUGUUUGAUGCGGUCGUCAGCGCCCCCCUGGAGGCGUAUUGGACCAGCCUAGCGCUGAAUAAAUCAGAGAAUUCAGACAAGGGUGUUGAAGUUGCCUUUCUGGGAACACGCACCGGCCUCACACGUGUGAACUUGUUUGUGGGUCCGGAGCAGCGCACUAAUCAAGAUUUCCUUACGUCUGAAGACAAGGAGAGCAUUUUUAACGCUGACCAUUUUCCGCUUUGGUAUCGGAGAGCCGCAGAGCAGAUCCCCGGCAGUUUUGUCUAUUCCAUCCCGUUUAGCACAGGAUCAGAAAACAAAAGUAACGUGGUUACGGCCAGCACCGCCGUUCAGCUUCUGGACGACAGGAAAUCCCCCGUGGUGGCAGCUGUUGGUAUUCAAAUGAAACUUGAAUUUUUCCAGAGGAAAUUUUGGAUCGCCAGCAGACAGUGCGCGUCUCUCGAUGGAAAAUGUUCUAAAAGUUGCGAUGAUGAAGUUAUCAACUGUUACCUCAUUGACAAUAAUGGAUUUAUUCUGGUAUCAGAGGAUUACAGACAGACUGGGAGCUUUUUUGGUGAAGUUGAAGGAGCAGUGAUGAAUAAAUUAUUAACAAUGGGCUCAUUUAAGAGGAUUACGCUGUAUGAUUACCAAGCCAUGUGUCGGACUAAUAAAGAGAGCAGCGACAGUGCCCAUAGUCUAUUGGAUCCAUAUAACGCAUUUUUCGCUGCAGUGAAAUGGAUAAUGACAGAGCUGAUCUUAUUUCUUGUAGAAUUUAAUCUAUGCAGUUGGUGGAAUUCAGGGCAUUCUGUAAAAGCACAAAGACUGAAACAGACCCUGGAGCCGUGUGAUACAGAGUAUCCAGCGUUUGUAUCCGAGCGCACAAUAAAAGAGACCACAGGCACCAUAGCUUGUGAUGAUUGUACCAAAUCUUUUGUGAUCCAGCAAAUUCCGAGUAGCAACCUCUUCAUGGUCGUGGUGGACAAUGUGUGCAGCUGCAGCUCCGUCGCCCCCAUUACUAUGGCACCCAUCGAAAUUCGCUAUAACGAAUCCCUCAAAUGUGAACGUUUAAAAUCGCAGAAGAUCCGCAGACGGCCAGAAUCCUGUCAUGGAUUUCAUCCCGAGGAGAACGCAAGAGAAUGUGGCGGAGCAUUUGGCCUUAGUUCUCAGCCUUUAACGAUGCUGCUAUCUCUUCUAAUGAUGUACAUCUCAAGGUGACCUUGAGGGAGACGAAGACGCGGCAUGCGACACACGGAGAAACUGUGACUCGGGACUGUUGGUGCCGUAAAGAAGAACAGAAAUUAAGUCAAAACAUCAGCAUUUCAUGACUUUAAAACUGUUGGGGGGAGAAAAAAAAAACUCUUAAAGAUAUAUUGAAAGAACACAAGACUAUUACGCCCCCCUGAGAAGCUCAUGCAGACGUGAAUUCUCAAUUCACUAAAUCACUUCCCAUCAUACCCUGGACGACAGGCGCCGGCGAUCAUCAUGCUCUGCUUCAGCCCAUCCAAUACUUUAAAAUGGUGUACUUUAUAAAUAAAGUAUAUUAAAAUCACAA